GUCAUCAAAUCUGGGAUUCCACUCCGGGUUAAACUUCAUCUGUUGGAAAAGAAUAUGGAGCAGUGCUGUGUUUGCUUUAGCAGAGUCAUAUCCUACCUCAGUGCGCUCUUUUUUGAGAAUAAAAGCUAUCUUUGUCUUACAAAAGGGUGUUUUAAUUGCAGUUUUAGUGCAGGUUUCAGCUCUCUUAGUGGGUUGUGAGAUACUGAAAAUCUGUGAGUGCUACAAAAUAGUAAAACAAGGAGAAAGAAGCAGAAGAAGGAGAUGUCAGGUGGCUUUCAGUUAUAUGCCUCAAAAUGAAGAUGAAUUGGAAUUAAAAGUUGGUGACAUCAUUGAAGUUGUGGGAGAGGUGGAAGAGGGCUGGUGGGAAGGAAUACUUAAUGGAAAAACUGGAAUGUUCCCUUCCAACUUCAUAAAGGAACUGUCUGAUUGUGAUGAGGUUGGAAUAGCACAGGAAGAGCAAAUAAAGUCAAGCCUGAAGGAUGCCACGGGYUCUGAGAGUGAUGGUGGUGACUCUUGCAGCACAAAAUCAGAAGGAGCCAAUGGAGGCACGACAAUCCAACCCAAAAAAGUCAAAGGUGUUGGUUUUGGRGAUAUCUUCAAAGACAAACCCAUAAAGCUACGACCAAGGUCCAUAGAAGUUGAAAAUGAUUUUCUGCCAGUAGAUAAGAGUGUUGGGAAGAAAUUACCUCCAGCCACAGCAACUCAGGAGCCAACAAAAAUAGAAGUGGACAGCAGAACAAAAAACAAGGAGUACUGCAAAGUGAUAUUUCCCUACGAAGCACAGAACGACGAUGAGCUCACAAUCCGGGAAGGUGAUGUUGUCACACUUAUCAGUAAGGAUUGCAUUGAUGUGGGUUGGUGGGAAGGAGAACUCAAUGGCAGACGAGGUGUGUUUCCAGAUAACUUUGUCAAGCUGCUUCCUUCAGAUUUUGAAAAAGAGAGACCGAAGAAACCACCACCUCCAUCAGCUCCUGUSAUCAAACAAGGAUCAGGGACCACAGAUCGAAAGCAUGAAAUCAAAAAGAUUCCACCUGAAAGGCCAGAAUGUCUUCCUAAUCGAACAGAAGARAAAGAAAGAUCAGAGCAAAAACAGUUAGAUUUGCAGAAGCCUUCAGUUCCUGCCAUACCUCCGAAAAAGCCUCGGCCACCCAAAGCCAACGCUGUGAGCAGACCUGGGACUUUGCCCCCCAGACGACCAGAAAGACCAGUUGUGCCUGUGACCCAUUCAAGGAGUGAUAGUCCAAAAGUGGAAUUAGUGGGCAGUGCAGGAUCCAGCACUCUUGAGAAAGACUCCUCUGAAAGAAGCAAUGACAUCGGUAAGUUCUGCUGCUUUCUACACUUUGCCUAAGAAAUUUAUGCUGUA